AUAUGACUGUGGUGAUUAUGAAACUUAACAGUGGAGGCAACAGUUGGCAACUUAAACUUUGAAAUUGCAAUACAUUCAAUUUGAGUAUUUCGUAGAGAUUUAGACUAAGACUUUGGGAAAUGUUCAAAAGUGACAGCCACUUUAAAAUGACACACAGCAUGUGCAUAGUCCAUCACAUAUUAUAUUAUGACUUGUAUACAAAGUUGCUAAUGGUAUUUUUAUUUUUUUUUUAGCAUCUUAUAUGGAAACUUCUGUGCGAUGGCAAGGUAAGAAAUUACACAUUUCAUACUGCAUUUGAAAAAUAUAUAAUAAUUCAGACCUACGAAAACACUGAAAAUAAGUGUAAAAUUAUUAGUCUGGACCAGGAUUUAAGUGAUUUACAGAAGCAGUAUGGAGAGGAAUGCUUGGUUGUUAUGAUGAUAGUUGCAAAAAGGUCUAUUAACAGAUUUAUUUAACCAAUUAUUAACAGGAGUAGUCCCAGAAGAUUGGAAGUUAGCGAAUGUUGUGCCCAUUUACAAGAAAGGUAAUGGGGAUGAGUCGGGCAACUAUAGGCCAGUAAGCCUUACUUCAGUAGUGGGGAAAGUGAUGGAAACCAUGUUAAAGGAUAGGAUUGAUGAACAUCUAAAAACACAUGGAUUUCAAGAUCAGACACAACAUGGGUUUACUUCAGGGAGAUCAUGCCAAACUAAUCUUAUUGAUUUUUUUGGAUUGGGUAACUAAAAUAAUAGAUCAGGGUGGUGCAGUAGACAUUGCUUACCUAGAUUUCAGUAAGGCGUUUGACACUGUUGCACAUAAAAGGCUCAUCAAUAAACUGCAAUCUUUAAGUUUGGAUUCCAAUAUUGUUGAAUGGGUAAGGCAGUGGCUGAGUGACAGGCAAAAGAGGGUUGUAGUCAAUGGAGUAUGUUCGAAGCAUGAUCUUGUCACUAGUGGGGUAUCUCAGGGAUCUGUACUUCUCUUUAAUAUUUUUAACUGACCUUUAAUGUGGAUAAGUGCAAGAUGAUGCAUCUUGGAUGUAAAAACCCAAGGGCAGAGUACAUAAUAUUUGAUAGAGUCCUAACCUCAACAUCUGAGGAAUGGGAUUUAGGGGUGAUUAUUUCUGAUGACUUAAAGGUAGGCAGACAAUGUAAUAGAGCAGCCAGCAGGAAAUGCUAGCAGAAUUCUUAGUUGUAUAGGGAGAGGUAUUGGCAGUAGAAAUACUCAUGCCAGUGUACAGAACAUUGGUGUAACCUCAGUUAAGUUGAGCAUGCAUGGGAUAGGCAUAAGGCUACCCUAGCUAUAAGAUAAGGCCAUGAACUAAUGAAAGUAUUUCGAAAAUUGUGCAGACUAGAUGGGCUGAAUGGUUCUUAUCUGCCGUCACAUUCUAUAUUUCUAUAUGAUGCUUCUCCCCUGUUGGGAAAGGGAUGCGUAGACAGAAAUGGAUGGUUUUUGGUUUAAAGAGAUACUCUAACCACCAAAUAAACUUAAUCUUAAUAAAAUAGUCUUGGUGUAUACACCAUGCCUGUCCCUGCAGUCUCACUGCUCAAUACCCUGACAUUUAGCAGUUUAAAGGACCACUAUAGUGCCAGGAAAACAUACUCAUUUUCCUGGCACUAUAGUGCCCUGAGGGUGCCCCCAGCCUUGGGGUCCCCCUCCCGCCCGGCUCUGGAAAGGGGAAAGGGGUAAAAACUUACCUUUUUCCAGCGCUGGGCGGAGAGCUCUCCUCCUCCGAUCCUCCUCUUCUCCUCCCCGUCGGCUGAAUGCGCACGCGCGGCAAGAGCUGCGCGCGCAUUCAGUCGGUCACAUAGGAAAGCAUUCAUAAUGCUUUCCUAUGGACGCUGGCGUGCUCUCACUGUGAAAAUCACAGUGAGAAGCACGCAAGCGCCUCUAGCGGCUGUCAAUGAGACAGCCACUAGAGGAAAUAGGGGAAGGCUUAACCCAUUCGCAAACAUAGCAGUUUCUCUGAAACUGCUAUGUUUAUGAAAAAAUGGGUUAACCCUACCUGGACCUGGCACCCAGACCACUUCAUUAAGCUGAAGUGGUCUGGUUGGCUAGAGUGGUCCUUUAAUUACUUUUGUUUCUGUCCAUGCAGCAAUAGUUACACCUCCCCUGACUGUGACUGAAAGUCUGCAUGAACAAAAUGGUUUAUUUUUUAUAAAUCAUGUUUUAUUGUAAUGCAAUUGUCAACUUCAUAGCAGUUUUGUUUAGUUACAAAAGUCAUUGGUACUUCUGACAAUACAACACAAAAUUAACAGACAAAUUACAGUUUAUCAGAAAGGAAACACUAACAUACCAAAUCACUCCUAUGGAAGACAAAGGUAAAAUGCUGUUCUCCAUAUAAACGGCCUCUUAUUAUUGUGACGGCUGAUUUGUCAACAUUUUUGUGUUUUAUCUUCUUAUUUCUUGUAAGGUUUUAAUCUCCCUCCAUUUGGAAAUGUGGAUAAUUUUUCAUGGAAUCAACCUGGAAAUUUUGGAAUGCCGGUCCAUGACAAUAGAUACUCUCCAGACAGGUCAGUGAUCAGUGGCUGGGCUUUGUAGACCCUGCAUCUUUUUUGUUCUGUAUUGUUACUUUCUUUCUCAUCGUAUUAUGGAUUUAUUCACGAAGCAGUACAUUUUAGGACAUGAGGAUAAGUAAACCAUAAGCCAGUGGUUUCCAAACCAGUCCUCAUGGCACACCUACCAGUCCAGGAUUUAGUGAUUACCCAGUUGUGUGAAUGUGUUUUUUUUUCUUUUCUUUUCUUUUCUUUUCUUUUUCUUUUUUUUUUUUUCUUUUUUCUAAAAACACCUUGGACACAACUGGGCAUCCCUAAAUCCUAGACUGAUAGUCAUUCCUUUAGGACUGGUUUGGAAACCACUGCCUUAAGCCAGCUGCAAGUACUGUAAGGGGCUCUGGUGAAAGUGUGUAGUACAUUUUACUGUUCUGUGAGCAGCUUUAAUGUUAUCUUGCAUUUCUGAAUUAGGUCUCCUUUAAUGGCCUUUUUUUCAUGCUGGUAAUCAGCUGGUAUUGUUAAAGGACCACUAUAGGCACUUAAAUCACUUCAGCUCAAUGAAGUGUUCUGGGUGCCAGGACCAUCUAGUUUUAACCCUACAGCUGUAAACAUAGCCAUUUCAGGAAAACAGCUAUGUUUACAUUGAGGGUUAAUCCAGCCUCUAGUGGCUGUCUCCCUGACCGCCAUUAGAGGCCGCUUCCACGAUUUUCAGUGUGUAAAUCGCAUUGAGGACACGCUGACGUCAAUAGGAAAGCAUUGAGUAAUGCUUUCCUAUGGGUGGUUUGAAUGCGCGCGUGGCUCUGUCUGCGCAAGUGAAUUUGGAGCUGAUGUUGGCAGGGAAUGAGUGGUCACCAGCGUCAAGGGAGACCGGCGCUGGAUUAAGCUAAGUAGCUGAAGUGGUUUUAACCUGGGAUAGGGGCUUCAAGGGGGGGGGGCAAUAACCCUUUAGUGCCAGGAAAACAAGUUGUUUUUUUGUGGGGGGUUUUUGGCACCAUAGUGCUCCUUUAAGUGUAUUCUCUUAAUUUAAUUCAUUUAUCAUGUGACUAAUGCAACAUGUACAAAAAAUUGGACAUUCAGUGUUUUCAUAAUGGGCCUUUAAAUUCUUCCCUUGAGUUAUUUUCCUGUAUGUUUAUGGGUUGGCAAUCUAAAACGGGGGGGGGGGAGAGCAAAAAAAAACAUGCGCACAUUUUUAAGGUGCCUCUUAUAAUCCUAUAUUUUCUUUCUUAGACUUCCAUUCCACUCAGGUUUUGAAGCUUCAAAUGGAUUUGGAUCAAAUUCAGGAUGUGAUAUUCCUCCCCUUCUUCUUCCAGCACCUAGAAACUCCACUUGGGAUCCAAACUCAAAGCCAUCGUUGGCAUACAUGAGACACAAAGCCAGUACCCAAGAUAAAAAUUGGGCCAAAACCAGUUCUACUGAAAUGGUAUUUGCUAUUAUGUGUUAAUUUUUCAUUGAUACUCUGCUAGCUGCUCGACUGCUUCUUCUCCAGAAGCCCAAGUGUGUUUGUUUUUUUUGUCAUUUAUUUUUCUGCUGUAAUGAUGGGGAUUUGGAAACACAUUAAAGAUGUAAAGUGCACUAGAUCUAAGAUGAAUAUAGAAAAUAUAUGUGAAUAGUUGUUUUAAUUUGUGAUAUAAAAAAAAAAGAAGCAUUUUGUAGUGUGUGUGGAACUGCUUUCACUCCCAUCUGUCUGAGCCAGGGUGCUUGCUGUACCGGAAGCAAACACCAGAUUCCUUGGUUCAAGACAGGCACCACAGCUGUUGUGGUUCCAAUAAAGUGCCUGUCUUGAACCAAGCAGUGCCUGGACCCCUUUCAUUUUACUCUAGAAAUAUAGAUGCAGUCUUAUUUAUGCAGACUUUCGCACAGUAAUGACUGGCAUGUGUUUAAUGUUAGGCAUAGUGUAUUUACACUUUCUUACCCUAGUCCAGACCUUGACAAACCAACGGUUUGAUGCUACAUGAUUUGUUUACUAAAGCUGGAAUUGGGAGAAUUGACAUGGUAGUUGCAAAAACAGCUAUUUUUACAUAAUUCUUGAAACUUCUGCAACAUUUUCUUUCUCAUUUGAGAUUAAAAGUGUAAAACACAUAAAGAAUUAAGAGUGUAACUAAAAGCAACAUGAAUAACCAAAAACUUAUUUCUUCCAGGGAAGUAGUGGUGUACCUACAAACACUGUAACGGGUCAAUUUAAGAAGAAGUACAGAAAGAAGAAGAACAAGUCACUUUCCAUUUACAUAAACUCACCGUAUACACGGUCAUUUGAAGAAGCAAAGAAAAAGGACUCACCUGGUAUGAAUAUGUGUGUGUCAAUAUACAAUAUAUAUUGAUAUAAUGUGAUCUGGUUUUUCUGAUCUCUAAGGUCACAAAAAAAUUAAUGUAAACUCUGCAUAAGAAGUGAACUAACCUAGAUACACUUGUAAGCCAGGGUCGUCUUCUUUCAAUUUGCAUUUUACAGCCCUAGGCAGUGGGAAACCAAGUGAGUCAUUCCAGUUCAUUAAUUGAUAAAAGCAAAUUAAAUAUGCAUAUUAUCUGUCUCCGCUUGACAGAUUCUUCAAUGUAUCUGCCAUUUUGCUGCAAUUGUAAGUCUCUUAAAGAACCACUAAAGUCACCUACGCUACUUUGUCUCUAUGCAGUUGUCUGGGUGCAGUGUCCCCUUGACCAUGCAAUGUAAAGCACUCCAUAAUUUUUUUAGAAACUGCAGUGUUUACAUUGCAUGGCUACAUCCUCCUCUAGUUGCUGUCAUACGAACAGUAUAGAGAUGUUUCCACAUAAUGGAGGAACCCUUAUAUGAAAGCAUUGAUUCAGUGUUUUCCUAUGGGGAAGUUUGGAUGCGCGCAUGGUGCUUGCCAUGCAUUGAGCCCCCAAUGCUCCUCUAUGCCUCCUCCAUGGUGUUGCAGAAAGCAGAGAAAAAAGCAGCGCCCAGGAAGCCUCGAUACUGGAAAGGGGAGGGACGGGGGACUUUAAAAAAAAAAAUUUUUAAUUAGGGACACUAAAGUGUUUGGCAUACAUAUAGGUAGUGCAAACCUACAUAAAAUGUAACUUCUAAUCUCUACUCUGUUUAUAUAUACCAUGUUUGAAUGCACAAAACAUAGUUAUUUAGUUUGUUGGCGUUUAAUUUUGUUAAAUAUAUACCCAUUUCAUACAAAGAAAUCCUUCAAAUAUGCUAUGAACUUCUAAUGUCUCAAACUAUUGCGUCAACUAUACUCCAACUUAUUGCUAAUGAUUACAUCUAGACAAAGCAAUUUUUCCAAGAGAGAAUUUAGAAUAGGGCUCCCACAGCAACCUGGGUGCCAUGGUCAAGCUCCUACAAUACCGAAUAGCUAACCUCCAUCCAGCAUCAAUUCAAAGCCCAGCAGCUAGAAUCAAGAAUACUCCACUAAAUAUUGCACUCACCCAAACUAGAGAAUGGGAAACAAACACUGUCGACAUCUCAUACAAAUAACAAUCUCUUAUCCAGAUAAAUAUUUCUAACAGAAGGUUUGUAAAUAAGUGAGAAAAGGACAACAGGGUAAAGUAACCAAACAUAAUGAAGGAAAAUAGUAAUGAGCUUAAGUCUGCAGAAAGAGCAUACCGAAGCUCCUAAGUGCAUCUGUCUAAAGAUACAACACUAAGCUCCGUCUAGGCUUGGCCCCAAUGCACAUUUCACCAAUCUCAAGGGGUCGGAUCAGGUUUGUGUUCCUUUGACUUCUACUUUGUUUGUGAUAUUAAGUUUUUACCAUGCCAUCCAUAUAUUAUGCUAAAAGCCAUGUGCAGACCUGCUGGUUGGCUGAGAGCAGUCAGCUGUAGCUCUCAGCCAAUCAGUGACUCCCAUUUAAACAAAACUGGCUUGGAAAGAAACAUACCUUUUUUCCAAGCCAGUUUAGUGUCAUCUGGCCACUCUCAGCCAUUCAGCUGCACUCCCUUAAUCUUAAAUUUCAGAAGCCAGGUGCUGCCAGUGGGAGGGAGCUGGGAUCGGCGCUAGAGGCGACUUUGGGGUAAAAAUGUUUAACCCACUGAAGGUAAGAAUGUGCCCGGGGCCUCCUGGCACUAGAACAAUUUAAUAUAGAUGAAGUUGUUAUGGUGCCGUAGAAUUCCGAAACUGUCCUUUUAAACCGUGUUACUGCAAAAGUAUGCCAUUAAGCUGUGUUGGCUAGAAACCUUUAUACCUGACUAGCAGAUAAUAACUUGACACUUUCAACCUCUCCCUGAAUAAAAAAAUACAUUCUCAGUUCUUACAUGUUUUCUUCUUGCCUUUCUUUCUCUUUUAGCAGAACAAAAGAUACUGGAUCAGUCAAAGGCACAGAACAAGACAGCUGUGAGUAUUAUGCAGGAGUAGCCAAAAUGUUCCACUGCUUAUUUAGACUGUAAACAGAGGCAUAUUUAAAUGUGGGUCUUCCUGUUUUAUUACAUUAACACAUAGUCAAAAGUGCUUAUUUGCUGGGCAUGAACUUUCCAGUUUUUGUAAGCCAUACAAGAAUUUAUAGUGCACUUGUCCAUGCAAUCUGUUUGAGUACCACCUAGUCUCGCACAUUUGUGGAUUACAUGUCAUCUUUUCUUAAUUGCUACGUGUUCAUAUUUUGUUUUCCCAUUAUCGAAUUACUCUUUUGAAUUACUUGCAAGUUAAAUACAUAAAUAUAUCUUUGGGGGCGGGGCCUGACCGCCGAGCUGGAUGGAAGUGGGGCACCUCGGCUCCUCCAUGAAUACCUACUAUCCAGGCUUAAAACUACAGUUCUCCCCUGCAAAACCACACAGCAACUGCAAGAAGGCGAGGGGGUCCAGAGCACAACACUCUGUGUGAGUAACUGCCCCCGUCCUACCGGCGAUGCUGUUUGCUGGGCAGCUGGGAUUGCGGCCUGUCGUGAGGCUCUGGCGGGAGACGCGGCCGGUCUCUCGCACUUAGUCCGGCGGGACCUCCCACACGCUUACUAAGGGCCCCGUUACCCCCCCCUCUGUGGGCCGGGGGGGUUAUCCCGUACCCCACCGGGGAAGCAGUGACCACCCAAGAGCUGUGAGCCGCCCAGCAAAAGCCAAAAUGGCCGCCACGACCCUCACUAGCUGGGGAAUGGAGGCGGCAACAGGGGAGCAACCUCUGGGAACUGCCUGCAAACCAACGUGGACCAGACUACCACACACUAACUGCGGCCCGCAAACAAUAGCACACUCUGGCAGCACAUCAGACAACUCCACGGAGGGCAUGCUCGAGCAAAGCCCACAUCUGCGAACACCUGAGGCACUGUCCCACAUGGUUACUGGCAGUCUCAUAAGGGACCAACAGACAUGGGACAUAAACUCUUCUCAACAUCAGAAGCUUGUACCUAUUACAGUUGACUCUCAUACUGCUGCUCCCUACAGAAAGCAUCAAAGAUACCUGAGCAAAUAUGGACAUCCGACCCGAUCGGCUCAACGCUCUGCUGCCCCCUGGUGGUUCAAUCGUCUUCAGCAUUGUUAAACCUACCUGGACAUAGUUAACCCUUUCUAAGCAUGGUUAAACCUACCUGGGCAUAGUUAACCAUUUCUAAGCAUGGUUAAACCUACCUGGGCAUAGUUAACCCUUUCUAAGCAUGGUUAAACCUAACUGGGCAUAGUUAACCCUUUCUAAGCAUGGUUACACCUAACUGGGCAUAGUUAACCCUUUCUAAGCAUGGUUACACCUACCUGGGCAUAGUUAACCCUUUCUAAGCAUGGUUAAACCUAACUGGGCAUAGUUAACCCUUUCUAAGCAUGGUUAAACCUAACUGGGCAUAGUUAACCCUUUCUAAGCAUGGUUAAACCUAACUGGGCAUAGUUAACCCUUUCUAAGCAUGGUUAAACCUAACUGGGCAUAGUUAACCCUUUCUAAGCAUGGUUAAACUUAACUGGGCAUAGUUAACUCUCACUGAGCAUGGUUAACCCUUACUGAGAAUGGUUAAGCCUCACUGAACAUGGUUGACCCUGACUAGGCAUGACUGACUCUAACUAAGCACGGUUAAAUCUUACUAAGCAUAACUAAAUCUCAUUAAGCAUAAUUCUGUUUGUUUAUAUAAAAAAUGUGCAAUGUUUCUUAUGCCACAUUACUGUCACCACAUGUUUCAUUUAUGUUUGCACCAGCUGUCGUGGCAGUGCAAAACUGCUUGUUAAAUCUAUGCACAAAUAAAAUAAAGAAUUAAAAAUAUAUAUAUAUAUAUCUUUAAAGAUGGAUUCUAAAUUAUACUUAAAGGACCACUUCACAGGCAAAAACAUGGGAAAACAAAAUAAUUGCCGUUUAGUAGCUAUAAUUCAAUGAAUACAUACAUGUAUUCAUUGGGGGUAUAUCUUUCAAAAAGCUGUAGUUUUAUGAAGCCUUUGCAAGCCCUCCCCUUUAAAAAUCAAUUAGAGUUCAUGUGCCUGCUUGUACUUGUGUGCAAAUAGUGUUCAGAAAGAACACUGGUCUGAUAUUGGGUAUGAGAACAACUAUGUGAGGGGAGGCAUGAAUACUGAAGUAGAGCACUCCUUCCACUUCUGUUAACUCAGGGGAGCAAGUGGAAGUUGGAAGGAAAACCAGGAGGGUGUUCCAUUAUUUAAUAAUAAAAGGUCAAAUUUGUCCUAGAACACCUCACUUAAGGUGGAUCUUUAAACGGUUGCUAUAACCAAAAACCAGUGUUUUAACAAACUAUUCCUAGCCUGAUCCAACCUCAAUCCAGCACAGCGUUCUCCUCUCAGUCCAAUCUUCCUCUGCUGACAUCUCUUCCGUACUUCGCAAUUGACUGUCCGGCGCCAACAUGUCUUGUGCCAGUUUUGCACAGGAUUGAUAUUGGGCAGCCCAGAACUUUCAGACUGGCUAAUGAUGCGGACCGUCAUGCUGCCGGAGGUGACGUUACACUUCCAGAAUCAGAGGGGUUGCAUUUGAUGCAAAUCCCCAAAAAUUACAUAAUCACCAUUGAUCUAUGUCUUACAGGAAGUAGCUUAGACAAUUAGAACCCUCCCAGUUUGGAAUCUUAACUGUUGCUGGACUUGUUAGAGGUGGAGAGAAGAAAACUAUUAACGCACUGCUAAAAUGCAAAUCUGAACUACCUAGCAAUUAUUCUAACAUAAUGUAUAGAUUAAAUGUUAUAUUCCUUUCAGUUCAGCUUAAAUUUGUGUACUCCUGGCAAGUGCACAUUAAAUAGGUUGGCAAAGAUAUUGGGAUGCUGACUAAUUCACAGCAAUAAUUGCAGCAACAAAUGUAAAAGGGGACAUCUCUAGUUUGUUUGGUGUCAAAAAUUUUAUUUAAUUGUGGAAGCUGAAAGUUAUGGUUAGUGAUUAUGAUAAACUAAACUAUUGCAAGGGACCCACAUGUGGAAAGUAUCUCCUAAUCACUCAGAAAAUAAAUUUAAGAGGUUGCUUAUGAGUCUGAAUUGUUAGUAAUUUGUCAUGAAUUUUACAUUUUACUCCACAAUAAUAAAGAGAAAUACUUCAAGUCAACUAUGUUUUUAGUUUGGCUUUUAAGGGCCAAAACUCUCUACAAUUUACAAAAUACAGUGUGUGCUAUCACCACCUCACAGUCUGUGCUCGCGCUCUCUGGUCCCUCGUCUUGACACUUUCUGUUUUUGUGUAGGAGACAACCGAAGCACAGAAUGGGAGGGAAAAUAAAGGUGAGUUCUGCCAGUGGGACAUCAUUUAAUUUUGUGACUUGAUAUUCCUGCUAUAUACUCUUAUGUUAAAACUAUAACUGUACAAUAUAUUAAGUUGUUCUAUCUUUUAUUUUAGUUCGUAUGAAAAAAGAGAAACUGAAAAAGAAGAAAUUAAAGAAAGCACAGGAAGCUGCUGCUCUGUAUGACAAGUAAGGAGAGUUUAUGGAUUUUAGGACUAGAUGUAACCAGUUAAGCCCUUAAGGACGGCGGGUGUUCUAUGCCGUCCUAAAUGCAGCAGAUAGCAUAGAACAUCCCCGCCGUCAUUUGUACUCAUCAGGUCCACGCAGAUCCCACGGAGUGCCUGGAAGCUUCAGCGCUCCUGGGCCAUGUGAUCACGGGGCACUCGCGAUCACAUGGCCUGACUAGACAGCUUAUUUUAUUUUUUUUACUUAAUAAAAGUUAUAAAAGUGUUCAUAUAUAUAUUUGUGUGUGGGAAAAAUGGUAUAAAAACAAAUAUGAACGCUAAUUUUGGCCAGUGUUUGUGACUAAGUGGCUACUAAAACAGACUGGGCAUAUACCCCAUUUGCAAUACUUUGGGUUGUCUACUUUUGCAAAUGGUAUGCCAUCAUGGGGAUAAUUCUCAUUCCUGGGCCAUAACUAGUCUGGAAAAUUUCAAUGUGAAAAAACUGAAAUCCAAGCCUUAAAUUUUACUCUGUAACUUUUGAAAACACCAUAACAGCAUAACACCAUAAAACCUGUAUUGUUAUACUCAAGAGACUUCGCUGAACACAAAUAUUGGUGUUUCAAAACCGUAAAACGUAUCACAACGAUGAUAUUGUCAGUGUAAGUGCCGUUUGUGUGUGAAAAAUGCAAAAAGGGUACUUACACUGACAAUAUCAUCGUUGUGAUACGUUUUACUGUUUUGAAACACUAAUAUUUGUGUUUAGCGGAGUCUUUCGAGUAAAACAGUGCUCCCCAUGUACAGGUUUUAUGGUGUCUUGGAAAGUUACAGGGUAAAAUAUAGGGCCUGUGAACCAAAUUCUCUGGACUUUCUGCCCGGGUUGUCAGGCAGGUUCGUCAAAUUGUAAAUAAUAAUUUACUUAAGUAAAAAUAUAUAUUUGAUCAGUGGCGGGUGAUCUGCGGCUAUCUGGUAAGUGGGCAGGACGGCGUUUAGGACCGGGUCACUAAGGACGGCACAGUGCGCCCACCGUCCUUAUGGGGGUUAAAUGUCAGUCACUGCCAUGUUUAUGAUAGUGCUUUACAUUGGAAGAGUAAAAAGAUUUGUAUCCCUAUGAAGAUAAAGAUUUGUAUACGCCAUAUAUAUGAAAUGUUGUACGGUCACAGGUUACAUACUGCACGAUCACAGUAUUGCAUUAAACAUAAAUUAAACAUUUUUAGAAAAAAAAUGUCAUUUGAUAUAGGAGUCUUGUUUUGUAAAUUUCUUGUGUCUGCAAAUAGCCUGCUGGUGGAAUAUACAUUAUUUUACAAUAUACAUAAAUCAAAGUAUACUGUUGAAGAGGUACUGUUACUUCCCAAGAUUUAAAAGAUUCUGUUACUAAUACCUUUAACUAAUUUGUAUUUGUGAGUCCUUAAAAUUAAACAUAGAAAUCUACAUAACUGUAACUCUAUCAUUUUAACGGAGUGCUUUCACGUUGCCUCUGUCAUUCAUUGUUCUAAGCUCUGCCAAAACCCUGAACUCAUUUGUAACAUUAGUUUCUAGAAUUGUUAUAUACAGUUAAUAGAAAACACAAUAUCAUAAAAAAUUAAAGGGUCACUGGAGUCACUAUACCCAUUCAAUUUCAUUGAAUUGGUUAUAGGCCCUGGAAUCCCCAGGAACUGUCCCUCCCUUCACUGUUAAACCAUUUUCAUGCAAUUUAACACCAAAUGAGGCUUCUCAUAGCCCUGCCCCAACUAGAGGUGUGGCUAAUGCAGGUCUUAUACACUUCCUGAUGGCCAUAUCAUGUACUGUGAUGGGCUGAAAGAUGUAGGUUGACACUCACAGCCGCCCAUUGCUACUCAGUCUAAUGACUCUUCAUUUGCCCGGGCAACACAGAAGGGAUGAGCAUCUGGGGAAUCUCAACUUUAAAAUAUUAAAAAAAAGUUUCACACAGAACGGAAGGAUGGUGCCAGGAGACUGCAGACAUUGUAGCCACUUCAAUGAGAUGAAGCAGUUACAGUGCCUACAGUGUUCCUUUUAGCACAAAUUAUAUGCAAUAUUUAAAAAAUAUAUAUAUUUUUUUUUUUUCAAUGUUUUAUUCAGUGAUGUAAUUUCCAAAAAAGUGACAGUUCCCCUUUAAUCCUAUUAACCAGCUAGUGGUUUGAUUUAGAUUUUUUUUCAUUAAAGGAAGCCUUUUCCACCACUCAUCUUUUCUUUGCAGAGAAACUGUUAAAGAGGAACAUCCAAUGCAAGGAAAUAAACCUAGCUUCAGAGCCCUCCAUUCUGGAACGGUGUUUACAUGCAGUUUGUGCAGGUUCCGCACUGAAGAUGAAGUAGAACUUGAGAGGCAUUUUAAGACUUGUCAGCAUAGAGACAUAAUGAACCACCUGUAUCUCCAUUUACCCCAGGAACAUGUAAACUUUAUAAAGGUGACUUUGAGAAAUGUAACUUUCCACUUGCUCAUCCCUCCUAACGUGUAGUGACGUCUGUUUUUUCUCUGUUCCGUAGAGUUAUUUGAUUAGCACCAACAAGAGCGUGUCUCUUGAACGGCAAAGAAGAAAUCUGAAUUCCAAGAAUGAUUCAUUCAAAGGUGGGGAUAUGGUUUCAGUGUGAAUGGUUCACCAGAACAUCUGAUAUGUUUACAAACGGGUUGUCUUUGUCUUAGGUAUCGGACCGGAACAUUUCAUGCAUCGGGUUGAUGCAGUUCACUGCUUUGCUUGUGAUGUCCUGCUUCAUGAUAACCCAGCACAUCUGGCACAACAUGUUAAAUCUCAGAUGCAUACUCUGAAACGUAGGGUAAGUUGUCUAACUUUUUGCUUCACUAUUCCAUAUUUAAACACUGGUGAUAAAAGGCUAUGUAUUAUUGACAUAUUUGACUAUUACAGCCUGUCGCUGACCUCUCUGUCCUACAAUGUGUAAGAGCUAGCAAGCUAAGAGAACAAGAUACAAUCUUUGACCCAUAAAACUUGAUUAUUAAUUUUUUAUUUUUUUUUGUCGUGAUCAGAACUGACUUGGUAUCAUGUAAUCGGAAUCUGCAUAUAAUUUGUAGAUUGUGCUAGCUGAAUUGCUAAGAUUUAUACAGUUUUUUACCAAUUCAAAGAGAGUUUCAAAUAUUAAGCCACAACCUGCCUCUCCACAAAUGGGAAGAAUGCAUUUGGUGACAUUAUGCAAAGAACCCAGUUAGGCACUUUUCAGUGUACCAGAAGGACUCUAUGCUACCUUUUUGUUAUUUUUGAGUUCUGAGAUGCCAUAGAUGGUGCCGGCUGCAGCUCACUGGUGGUGUGAGGAUCAGCAGCCAACCGCUCCUCACAAUGCCCAGGACACAUGGCUGCCAGGAUUCAGCGUGACAUCAUAUCCCGGUGGCCAACACACUGUUAAUGGGCAGAGAGAGCAUGGGCUAAACAACCACUACCGAACAUCGAGGCAGCUGCUGGUAAUAUAACGUGUGUUUUUGGGUCAGUCAGUGAGUGAAGGUGUGUUAUUGAAUACAUGUGGCAGUGUGUUCGCACCGUUCGUAUUCCAUGCACGCACAUGGCGCACAAAUACAACACACACAUCGAGUACACACUAUGAGGGGGAGAUUAUGGAAGGGCAGAGUGUAAGACAGAGUAUUUCACAAGACUCCAAAGGGCAAUACUGAGGCCUAAAUAGUCAUGUUAUGACUAGCAGAGUUAGAAAUUUUCCUUCAGAUCCGCUAUAUUGUUUACAAUUUUUUCAUAUAUUUUUUAUUGUGAAAAUUCAGAUUUCAGCAAAUAGCCCUGUCAGUGUUCAACGCUCUUGGCAGGUGCCCCAAUCCUAUAUUUUUUUAAAUUUAUUUUCAAUUGAAAAUAUUCUAUGUCCGGGUGGUAUUCUCAGAUGGUCCCUUGAUAUAGACCUGGCCAUUGAGGGGGCACAGCGGAAACAAAGAAGGCACUCAGUCGACUGGGAAGGAGAUUACUCACACUGACACAGUGGCAAGGUGUAAACCAAAAGCUUGAUAUGUAUGGUUGGCAAAAUUAUAUCAAGAUGGCAUGCACACAAAUUAUAACACAUUUUAAUCCUACAGGUUAUUCUUACUGCAGACCAUGAAUCGGCAUCCUUAUUAGUUUCUGUUCCAAUAAUUUUCUAACAUUUUCCUAAAAUGGUGUCUUGGUGAAUUGUUUCUGUAAUUCUUAUCAAGCUAUCUUCUAAACAUGUGCAAUAUGUCGUCUUUAAAGCCCUUUGGCACUUACAAAUACUCUUAUCGGUUUACACCACAACACUUCUAAACCUAAAAUGGAAGGCACAGAAUAGUGAAUGUUUAUUCACUGCACAGUUUUAUGGAUUAAACAUGUAUUUCAUCAGGUUAAGUAGAUUGUCACAGGUGGCUAGUAGAUUGGGCUACCACUUUAGUCCUUGGGUCAAGUAGAUUUAUUUAUUUAUUUAUUUAUUUAUUUUAUUCCACACCCUUGCUGGCUAUUUCCCUCUUUUCUUUGGCAAAAUAUUUCUGGAAGAUACUUGCAAGCAAAACCUUUUUGAUGUAUUUGUUUAAUAACUAGUUGAUGCUUAUUUGGCAUUAUAUUUCUAGGCUGUUGGUACAGAGAGUGGUCAGGAUUAACUGAGUACAUAAGUGCUGCCUUGAAGUGACAUACUAGAAUGCUAUCUGCUAAAAAAAUUAUUUCCCAACAGGCUGAAUACAAAGGUAUCAAGAGUAAUUGUAUCAAUGCUGCAAGGACACUUUUAAAAGAUGAGAAAGUCACUAUAUUGCUUGACCGAUAUGUCAAGGUAGGUGUGACAUUGUCUGAGAAUAUGUGACCUUUUUUUUUAAAUUUAUUUUUUUAUGUAAAAUUCUGCUUUAUAAAGUGGAGUGCACAAGGAUGAGUUUUUGAUGGCAGUUUGCAGUAUAAUGAAGGUACAUGAUUUGAAAGAGGAAAGCCGGUUAAUUAGACCAAUUUUAAAGGAUUGUAAAUUUGAGGCAUCAGUUAUGUUAGCCAACACCAAACUUUAAGGGAUACUGCCUGAAAACAAACUUAAGGUUAACAGUUCCAAUUGAUUGUGACCAAGUAUAUUUGGUCUUGCCAUUUUGUUAAAAUGAAUUGGAGCUGCAAGUUACGCUAAUGCCAAACCCUUACUUAAGUGUGGAAUACCUAAUCCUUAACCACUAAGUUUCACUUUACAUUACUUCAACUCUCACUAAUCACCCAAAGCAGGUAGAAAGCCAAUGCAGGUCUUUCCUGCAACAAUCCCAGGGGUAGGCAACCUUUGGCACUCCAGAUGUUUUUUAUUGCAUUUUCCAUAGUGCUCUAAUGUAAUGCUGACAAAGCAUCAGUGGACACGUAAUCCACUACAUCUGGAUUACUGAAGGCUGUCUACUCGUGCUCUAUCCAAACGUGUUUCCACUUUUUUUUUUUUUUUGCCCAAGUGGUGCACAAUGUUUACACUGUGAACUGUUGAAUGAAAUAAGUUUUUUGAUAAUGUCCAGUUCACACCUAAUAUCUGCAUAACAGACUCAUUCUUGCUGUCAUCAAUUCUGGGGGGGUCUACAUAAAGAGACCCCACCCCGAUCCCCUCUGUAUAAUUCCAGUUUGAUGCCCUUAUUUCUCACUUUUUUCUUUGUGAUUGCAACUAUGCCCCUUUUCUCACAUGGCCAGUUGCCCUCCCUUUAAGAAUGUUCUAAUUAUUCUGUGUGACCAUUUAGUCUCAUAAUUGUCUUGCAUCAUGACUCAUUUUGUGCUCAUUCCAGGGUGAUAAUCCAUUCAGAGAGACAAAUGAGGAUGAAUUAGCAGAACUGGAAGACCUUGUAACUGGGGAAGAUGAGGCAUCCGAACUCACCAGUGAUAUUCCAGACUGUGACAUUACUGGGAUGAAAGAAGAAAAACAGUGUGAACACAGCCCGCAGAGGGAUGAGGGGCUGGAUAAAAUGCCCAAUGAUGGGGUGUCAAUUAGUGGCAAAGAAGAAGAUGCUGCAGAAGCUCCAUGAACAAAUGACAGUUUGGCACAUGGAUCUCUUUUGGGCUAUCCAAGCUAAAGUCCUGUCAUUAAUGCCCAUCUAACUUUUGCUCUCAUGUUUUACAAGUAAACCUGACCUGCUGGCUAAGGAAUUUGUCUAACAAAAGAAGCGCCCAAAGCAAGAGAUUGUUUGUUUUCAUAAUUGGAACGGUUUUGGUAAUGUAUGAGAAAUGUGUGCAUACGUGCUUCAAAAUUCCUGCACAUCCAUCCAUACAUAAAGUGACUGCAAGGAAACAACUUGGUGCGCAAAGUCCAGAAUCAGGAGUUUUUGAUGCUGCUUUUGUUAAAAUUUUAUAUCAGGGGCCAAAAUUGAAAUUGUGAGGGUAAUAGCCGAACCAGAUGUACUGGCUCUGGAAAAGGCAUAAAUGCUUAGUAUUCAAAAUGAAUACAAGAUUUCAGUUUGUAUUUCUGUUUUGCAGAAACAUACAAUCUAACUUUUCUGCCACAGAUAUAUGACCUUCUCUGCCACUUAUUUUCUUUUCAAAUUGGUUUUUAUUAAAGUUUUACAACAAAAAAAUAAUGAAUAGCAAAACAUACUAUUCGGGGAAGGCAAGGGAAGGGAAACUUGGAAAAAAUAAAGGGAUACAUCCAUAAUAACAGUGAACAUUGUAUUGCAUUUACAUUCUAUUGUGUAUCACAAACAUAAUAGCAGGUGACCGUUAUAAACCAUAGGAUUCUUUAACACUGUUUUCCCAUUGAUCCCAACUGUAUUGAAGUUGCACAAAUAAACUGACUUUGUCUAUAUGACAUUUCGUGCAUUUUAUUGUCCGAAACUAAAUUUAAAAUUUUUGAGUGAAAGGGUAUUAGGUGAUAUCCAGUAUUGUGGCAAACAAGGUAGCAGCAAUUAGGUUGUGGCCUAUGAUUCUAUAUAUUUUGGCAACAGACUCCAGUAAUUGUUUGAAUAAUGCUAGUUCGGAUGUUAGGGUGCUAAUGGAUGGGUCUAAUUUCAUGUAUUACUUUCAAUAUUCAGACAAUUUUGGGCAGAACCACCAAAUUGAGGCCAUGUUACCUACACCUCCGCAGUCCCUUCAACACCUGUCAGAGUAUUUGUCAUUCAUAUUGUGUAAACGGGAUGUUGAUGGAUACUAUCGAUAAAGAAUCUUGUAGUGGUUCUCAAGAUGGUUUGUGCAGUACGUAAUGCCCUUAAGAGCUGUAAAAAAAGUUAAACCAUUCCUCCAGACUGUAUUGCGUAUCCAUAUCCCUCUCCCAUGAUAUGUGUCCACUUAUUUUCUGUGUGGACCUGAGAGCAAUGUUAAUAAGUAGCUGUGCCAUAGUUCAGAAGAAAGCAUGGCGUCAAUGUGCAACUAUUCACCAACUGCCUCUGUUUCUCUAGCUGGUUCAAGCAAGCAUUGAGCACCCUAAUCACCAUCACUGCUUAGCAUUAUGACUCCUAUGAUACCCAGACAGACUGUGGCUAAAAGACCAGGAGCCACCUUCCACAGCAAUGUCUCUUUUGGCCUUUUAUAUUUUGCCUUCAUCCAAGCUUGAUUUCUUCUUUCUCUCUUUUGAGAAAACAUCAGUUCAGAAUGGGCGUUCCUUCUACAAAAGAUCUAGUUAUCCUAUCACUGGAAAAUUGGUUUAUAGGUGACUAAAGUGGCAGUGUGUACUGGCGACAUUUUAGAAGUAAGGUUAUCUUGAAGAACCAUUUUUCCAGGCAAGCAAUGUUUUCCCUCUCAAUAUCUGUCAGACACAGCACCCCUAAAUGGCAUUUUAGUUUGGUAUUUGUUUUAUAUUGUCUGAACUGUUAAAUUUUAGCGUAUUAAGAUGUAAAUAGUUCAAUUUGAAUUAAAGAUAUUUGCCACA